AUGAGGAAGAGGACGAUCGUGUCCGUUUUGUUCCUUAUCUGCGUCGUGUUUCUUCUUCCAGAUCAAGGAAGAAAGCUGCACGCGAAUGCAGAAGGUAGUUCGGAAGAGGUUUCAGAUCCACCAAAGGUGGAAGAGAAACUCGGUGGUCACGGCGGUUUGUCGACGGAUUCCGAUGUUGUUCAUAGAGAGUCUGAAUCCAUGUCAAAGAGGUCGCUUCGCAAUAACGGGGAGAAGUUUGAGUUCCAGGCUGAGGUUUCCCGGCUUAUGGACAUUAUUAUCAACUCUCUCUACAGUAACAAGGACAUUUUCCUUAGAGAGUUGAUCUCCAAUGCUUCUGAUGCCCUUGACAAAAUUAGGUUCCUUGCACUCACUGACAAAGACGUUUUGGGUGAAGGUGAUACUGCUAAGCUUGAGAUCCAGAUUAAGCUAGACAAAGCCAAGAAAAUUCUUUCUAUUCGGGACCGGGGAAUUGGCAUGACUAAGGAAGACCUAAUCAAGAACCUUGGUACCAUAGCGAAAUCUGGAACAUCAGCUUUUGUUGAGAAAAUGCAAUCAAGCGGGGAUCUGAACCUUAUUGGACAAUUUGGAGUUGGAUUCUACUCUGCUUAUCUUGUUGCUGACUACAUUGAAGUCAUUAGCAAGCACAAUGAUGACAACCAGUAUGUAUGGGAAUCAAAGGCUGACGGUAAAUUUGCUGUUUCUGAGGAUACCUGGAAUGAGCCACUUGGACGCGGAACCGAGAUUAGAUUACAUCUUAGAGAUGAAGCUAGUGAGUACCUAGAGGAAAGUAAACUUAAGGAUUUGGUGCAGAAAUAUUCUGAAUUCAUUAACUUCCCUAUCCACCUCUGGGCUAGCAAGGAGGUUGAAACCGAGGUCCCAGUUGAGGAAGAUGAAUCAACAGAGGAGGAUACUGAAACCAGCACUACCGAGGAAGAAAAGGAAGAAGAUGCCGAGGAUGAAGACAGUGAGAAAAAGCCAAAAACCAAGAAGGUGAAAGAAACAAUUCAUGAAUGGGAGCUUCUGAAUGAUAUUAAGGCUAUAUGGCUGAGAAGUCCAAAGGAGGUGACGGAGGAAGAGUACACUAAAUUCUACCACUCUCUUGCAAAGGAUUUUACCGAUGAGAAGCCAAUGGCUUGGAGUCAUUUUAAUGCUGAAGGCGAUGUUGAAUUCAAGGCGGUGUUGUAUGUUCCUCCAAAAGCUCCUCAUGAUCUGUAUGAGAGCUACUACAACAGCAACAAGGCAAACUUGAAGCUGUAUGUCAGGAGGGUGUUCAUCUCGGAUGAAUUUGAUGACCUUCUACCUAAAUACUUGAGUUUCUUGAAGGGUCUUGUUGACUCUGAUACAUUGCCUCUAAAUGUAUCACGAGAAAUGCUUCAACAACACAGCAGCUUGAAGACAAUAAAAAAGAAGCUUAUCCGAAAAGCACUUGAUAUGAUCCGCAAGCUGGCUGAAGAAGACCCUGAUGAGGUCCAUGACGAUGACAAGAAAGAUGUGGAAAAGUCUGGUGAGAAUGAUGAGAAGAAGGGUCAAUACACAAAAUUCUGGAAUGAGUUUGGCAAGUCGAUUAAACUUGGCAUUAUUGAGGAUGCUUCUAACAGGAAUCGCCUGGCAAAACUUCUUCGCUUUGAGACAACAAAGUCGGAUGGGAAAUUAACUUCCCUGGAUCAGUACAUUAAGAGAAUGAAAAAGGGGCAAAAGGACGUAUUUUACAUUACAGGAAGCAGCAAGGAACAACUAGAGAAGUCUCCAUUCCUGGAGAGACUCAUCAAAAAGGGCUAUGAGGUUAUCUUCUUCACGGACCCAGUUGAUGAAUACUUGAUGCAAUACCUGAUGGAUUACGAAGACAAAAAGUUUCAGAAUGUGUCAAAGGAAGGACUGAAGGUUGGGAAAGAUUCAAAAGAUAAGGAGCUUAAAGAAGCAUUCAAGGAGCUGUCCCAGUGGUGGAAAGGCAUACUUGCUAGUGAGAACGUGGAUGGUGUCAAAAUCAGCAAUCGUUUGGCCGACACUCCGUGUGUAGUAGUAACGUCCAAGUUUGGAUGGAGUGCAAACAUGGAGAGGAUCAUGCAAUCCCAAACUCUCUCCGAUGCUAAUAAGCAAGCUUACAUGCGUGGAAAGCGGGUCCUUGAGAUCAACCCAAGACAUCCUAUCAUCAAAGAACUCAAGGACAGAGUUGCGAGCGACCCAGAGGAUGAAAGCGUGAAAGAAACAGCGCAACUGAUGUACCAGACGGCUUUAAUCGAGAGUGGAUUCGUACUCAAUGACCCAAAAGACUUUGCAGCCCGUAUUUACAACUCCGUCAAGAGCGGUCUCAAAAUCAGCCCUGAUGCAGUAGUUGAUGAGGAAGUUGAGGCAGAGGAGACACAGACUAGUGAUGCUACCGAGAUGAAAUCAGAUGACUUGGCUGGUGGUCUAAACAUUGAAGCUGAACCGGUUGAGCACAAGGAAGAGACAACCAAGGACGAGCUUUAG